GGUUGUAGGUAUUGGAUUGGUAUUGGUAUUUGAUUGGUAUUGCUUUGAAGCGAGCUGCUGUUUUUCGCGUGAAGAGUUUCAAGCCAAGAUACGGUAUAUAGCUAUAUACUCUGGUAUAUAGGGCCUUGCAACUUGCAAGAUACGUGAUCUUGCGAUAGGUAGCCGAUAGGAUGGCCUUGAUAGAGGGUGCCGAAAGUAACUAACGCUAUCUCGGAUUUUCUUGGAGCAUUGAAUCCCUUCCCUUGACGGUUGAUGUGUGAGUUGAAGCCUUAUCUAUUAUGCAUAUUAAAUUUUGGAGGGUUUGUUAAUUUGUACUUACCCAACACUGCCGCUACUGGUUUAAGUGCUGAAAAGUCAGGAAGAAAAAGCUGUUAGCUGAUUGAUAACAGUGGAGUCAGGACCACAGCUGCUGUCCUGUUUGGCACAGGGCCUGUCUGACAUCACGUCUGGGGCUCAGCCAUGAGUACCUCCAAACAUCGCAACUUUGAGUCAGGCCACCAUGACCUGAUCAAUGAUGUGGCAUUUGACUUUUAUGGCCGCCGGCUAGCCACCUGUUCCAGCGACCACACAGUCAAGGUGUGGGACCAGAAUGAGCAGGACCAGUGGCAGUGCACGUGCUCGUGGCGCGCUCACUCUGGCGCCGUGUGGAAGGUGACCUGGGCACACCCAGAGUUCGGCCAGGUGCUGGCCACGUGCUCGUUCGACCGCACGGCCGCCGUCUGGGAGGAGAUCGUCAGCGACGCAUCCAGCGACCACCACCAGACGACGUGGAUCCGGCGCGCGCCGCUGGUCGACUCGCGCACCUCCGUCUCGGACGUGCGCUUCUCGCCGCGCUAUAUGGGUCUCCAGCUGGCCACCGUCUCGGCCGACGGCGUCAUCCGCAUCUACGAGGCCAUGGACGUGAUGAACCUGAGUACGUGGUCGCUGGAGCACGAGCUCAACAUGCGCUGCGCCGGCUCGUGCAUCAGCUGGUCGCCGGCGCCGUCGUUUUUGUCUCAGCUCCUGGCGGCCGGGUCCGAGGAGCCGCCCAACGCCACAAACCCGCACACGGGCGGUGCUAAAGUGCUCGUCUUCGAGUACAGCAAGAGCGCGCGCAAGUGGAGCAAGGUGCAGAACCUGACAGCCAUCACCGACAAAGUGCACGACAUCGCGUUUGCGCCCAACAUGGGCCGCUCAUUCCACGUGCUGGGCAUCGCGUCGUCGGCGGUGCAGAUUGUCGCUCUGACUCCGCCGGCCGACGGCAGCGGGCCGCUGGAGGUACGUGAGCUGGCGCGGCUCGAGGACCACCGCUCGGUGGUGUGGCGUGUCGCCUGGAGCAUCACCGGCACCAUCCUGGGCUCCUCCGGGGACGACGGCUGCGUCCGACUCUGGAAGGCCAACUACCUGAACCACUGGAAGUGUGUGUGUAAGCUGCUAGCCGACAGCGGCUCGACGGCUGGUCGGGAGGGAGAGAAGAGUGCUGCGGGAUCAGUGUCGGCCACCGCGCUGUCCACGGCCAAGUACUACAAAAUGGGGACCAUCAAACACCCGAACGAGGUGGCCUGGCACUGACAGCCAGCCCACUUCGCAUCUUCAAGCACACGCAACUGUGCGGCGGCGAUUGAUACUUUUCGAACCAUACGGCAGGGGCAUAGCCGACAGUGAUGGGUGAACCAGAACCGUGCUAUUGCCGUAUGUACAAUGUACAUGCAUCACCGCCUCUGUCAUAGCAUUGUGUGUCGGUUGCGGUCGCCGACUCGCCACGCGAGUCAAUUCGUGACAGCGGAAAUGCGGAGCCUACGCCGGGAUGUCCAUACGAUUUGUGUAUCUUCGCUGACCGGGCCUGGUGUGCCAUGGUGUAUGUAGGUCGGCGUGUGCCGCAGCCUACCUCACACGGUAUCGUAUGGGUUCGAACUUGGGCUGUCUCAGGCUCGUUCAGUGUUCACCAUUCAGUGAUUAUGGGAUGAUGUUCAUGUAUGGAUGUGAGAGCAAUGUGAUCCGUAAAGUGAA